GUUUUGAUAGCUCACCGUUUGUAUAACAUGUAAAUCAUUCCAAUCAGUUUUUCAACUUUUAUUUUCCUCCAUGAGUUCACCACAUUAUUGUAUUUGGGGUUUGUGUGACUCACAACAGUACUGUUGCGGCGACAAUGUUUGCUGCAAUGAAGCUGAUUUUAAUUCUUUAUUUUUACCGUACGUUCACUAUUCUUUUAAUCCAAUAUCAUGUAUAAAUAACAUUUUAUUAACAAAAAUUCAUAUUAACAGUGCUUUUAUUGCUGGGACAAUUAUAAUUAUAACACUAUGCUGUAUUGCUUUUAUUAUAUUAGAAAGAAUCGGUACUCCAUUCUUAAAGAAAUAUUUUAAGGUUACUUAUACUUUGAUGUCCACUGAAUUGGAGAAUAAAGUAAAUACUACAACAAAUCAAGAAUCAAUAAUGAAAGGUUGUGUUGUAUAAAUAGAGAAAACAGAAAUUAUGUUCUAAUAAAUAU